UCUGUUAAACUCUGAUGAUGUGCUGCGAAACGAGUAUUUAGGGUAUGCCAGAGAUUUGACUGUGUACUUCGUUGAAAAGUCUGAAGAGUUUUAUGGGAAAACCUUUGCUGUGUACAAUGUACACUCGCUGACCCACCUGCCAGACGAUGUUAAGCAUUUCCAGUGUUCCCUGAACAAUGUUUCAAGCUUUCCAUUUGAAAAUGACCUCCAGACACUGAAGAAAAUGGUCAGGCAAAGUCGAAAUCCUAUUGCCCAGGUUGCCAAACGCUUAACAGAGCUAGAGAAGUCAACGAAACACAGACGUGUAGCCAAAGAGACGUUCACUCGUGUAUCUACCACAUUAAGGGAUGGCUGUUUCCUUCUGGACAACGAGGAUUUUGCCUUUGUGAAGGAAAAACGUUCAGACGGCUCUUUGGUUUGUGAUGUGAUACACCAUAAUGACACAGAGAGUUUCUUUGAUGACCCCUGUGAUUCCAGACUACUCAACAUCGUUCGUGUUCGAGACCUCAGCAGAGCAAAGCGCCAACUCAUCACGAGGCACACGUUACACCGUAAAGUUGUCUGCCUGCCGCCCAACCAUGAGGCAACCAACUCAGGGUAUAUUCUAUUUCCUAUGCUACAUGGAGUAGAACGAAGUUGAACUGUAAGUGUCCACCCCAUAGAUCAGGAUUUGGAUUUAAAACAGGUUGUCAACAUUGUUUAUUCUGUUUUUAGCAACAUACAUGGUAUUGCAUAUAUGUAUGCAGUACAUACAUGUAAAACAGAUACAUGGGCAUAUAAUGUUAAUGUUGUCUUUUCUCUUUAUGUUUUUCCACCCUCCUGCUUCAGCCUCCACCACUGUGCUGCCACCCACUCAUCCUCCAGCUCCGUCCUGCCUCAGCCUCCACCACCGAGCUGCCUCAGUCGGUAACAUUGAAAAGUAUAGAUAAGCACAACAAUAUAGUAGUACGUUAGAGUUCUCGUAAUUGCACUGGCCUGGAUCCAUAAUAAUCUAAUCCUGGAUACAUAAAAAUCUAAAUAUUCCCUCUCUGUCAAGGUUUUGUCAUGUGGGUUCGGGCUGUUUGGAGGGAGAGAAAUAAAGAAGAGGAAGGAGUCAUCCCAAAGUCCUGGGUGCUUGAUGAUAUGGUGCACUGGCCACCUGGCAUCGAUGCAUUGAAAGCAAUGAAAGAGAUGCGAAAGCCUGAGGAAAAGUGGAGGAAAUUUCCUCUCAUAAAGCUGAAAUUAACAUCAAUGGAAAGGGAGGAGUGCGAGUUAUACAACUUCUCGACAGCUGCUGAGGGUAGUGGCGAUGAGCUGGCCAUCUCUAAGCCCAAGAGGAUUGGGGAAAAAAAAACAUUUGAUCACUUUGUUGAAGAUGAUGAAGAUGAAGCAAUUGAUGAUACCCCACCGAAUUACCAGUUAAGUUCUGAGGCAAAUUCAUCAGGACAUGGCCCCUCCCUGCCACCGCCACCAAAGAAAUCCAAGUCCAGCUCCGCGCCCAGUUCCAGCCAUCAAGUGAUUGGUCAAGAGCACACCAGGGAAACACCUCGCCAUCGUUCCAGGUCCAGCACCCUGGAAAGACCACACAAUCGUUCCAGGACCCUGGAAAGACCACACAAUCGUUUCAGGUCCAGCACCCUGGAAAGACCACACAAUCGUUCCAGGAUCCUGGAAAGACCACACAAUCGUUCCAGGAUCCUGGAAAGACCACACAAUCGCUCAAGGUCUAGGACCCUGGAAAGACCACACAAUCGUUCCAGGUCCAGCACCCUGGAAAGACCACACAAUCGUUCCAGGACCCUGGAAAGACCACACAAUCGUUUCAGGUCCAGCACCCUGGAAAGACUACACAAUCGUUCCAGGAUCCUGGAAAGACCACACAAUCGCUCAAGGUCUAGGACCCUGGAAAGACCACACAAUCGUUCCAGGUCCAGCACCCUGGAAAGACCACACAAUCGUUCCAGGAUCCUGGAAAGACCACACAAUCGUUCCAGGACCCUGGAAAGACCACACAAUCGUUCCAGGUUCAGCACCCUGGAAAGACCACACAAUCGUUCCAGGAUCCUGGAAAGACCACACAAUCGUUCAGGACCCUGGAAAGACCACACAAUCGUUCAGGUUCAGCACCCUGGAAAGACCACACAAUCGUUCCAGGAUCCUGGAAAGACCACACAAUCGCUCAAGGUCCAGGACCCUGGAAAGACCACACAAUCGAUCCAGGUCCAGGACCCUUGA